AUGCGGCUCCCUAGGAUCAUGCAUAUGCAAGCAAAUCUGCUGGACAACAUGUGUGAUGUUGGGAUUAGUGAACGUCAGGUACUGGAGAGCACCGACGAGGCUCCUAUAGAGGAUGGCAUUGGCCACUUGGGUGCCGCAAGGGCAGGGAGCUUGACUAGGAAACUAUGGAAACGUAUUCUUAAUUUUGUGCAUCCUACUCCGCCUCUUCGUGGUAUUGACAUUGUUGAUGCUAUUUAUAAAUGUUGCAAAGAAUGGGGAUUUGAAGGUAAGGUAUUCACAAUCUCGGUGGAUAAUGCUUCAAAGAAUGAUGUUGCUAUUAGAAAUUUGAAAGACACUUUUGCAAGACAUAAGAAGUUGCUUUGUGGUGGACGAAUGUUUCAUGUUCGAUGCACGGCUCACAUUUUGAACAUAAUGGUUCAAUUUGGUCUUUCAAAGAUUGAAAGUGUCAUUGAAAAUAUCCGUGAUAGUGUGGUUCAUAUUAAGCAAUCUGAAGGGAGGCUAAUUAUGUUUUCUGAGAUUGUACAACAGUUGCAAUUACCUUAUAGGAAGUUGGUGCUUGGUUACAAAACAAGGUGGAAUUCAACUUAUGAGAUGCUAUCAGUUGCAUUGAAGUUUAAAGAUGUUUUCCCAAGAUACAAAGAUCAUGAUAUCACCUAUGAUUGUUGUCCAAGCAAUGAAGAUUGGGAAAAGGCAGAAAAAGUGUGUGAAAUUCUUGAAGUGUUCAAUUCCACUACCAAUAUUAUUUCUGGAAGUGAGUAUCCUGCUUUAAACUUUUUUCUAAAUGAAGUUUUUCGUGUGAAAGAAGUGUUAGAUAGAAAAUAUCAAGAGAGUAGAGAUGGAGAUAACUUCAUUUUUGACAUGGUUACAAGUAUGAAAAUCAAGUUUGAAAAAUGUUGGGGUGAAUGCAAUUUGUUGAUGGCAAUUGGUGCUAUUUUGGAUCCUAGGUGCAAAAUGAGAGCUAUUGAGUUUUCAUUUCCUAGAACGUAUCAUUCUUUGGAAGCACAAACUCAUAUUCUUGAUGUGAAAAAUUGUUUGUAUGAGCUUUACAAUAAAUAUCUUGUUGAGUAUCAAUCCAUUGGUUCUGAGAAUAGUGCUGAAACUACAUCAAUUGGUUGUACUGGUACAAGUAGUGCAAGUGGUUCUUCUUCAAGAUGGUCUCAAUUUCAAGCAUUUGUGAAGACAGUUGAAACUAUUACUCCUCAAAAAUCUGAUUUGGAUAUUUAUCUUGAAGAAGGGUGCUUUAUUUGUGAUGGAGAUUCUCGCAAGUUUGACGCUUUAGAGUGGUGGAAGGCAAAUACCUUAAAUUAUCGUGUUUUGUCUAAGAUGGCUAGAGAUGUUCUUACUAUACCUAUAACUACUGUAGCUUCUGAAAGCACUUUUAGUGUCGGUGGACGAGUUAUUGAUUCAUAUCGUACUUCAUUGUUUGCUGAUACUGUAUAA